AUGUCGUUCCCAGUAAGGAAAACCCAAGAUGGAUAUUCUUGGACCCGUGCGACGGGAAUGCGAAAAGGGGACCUUGUCUGUAGAGGCGUGGUGGAGCCUCGAUACAAGAAAAUCACUCCCGCCGGGCACAGUUACGAUGCAAUCGUUAUUGGCGCGGGCUAUGCCGGUCUUAUGGCUGCUCGUGACUUGACAGACCGUGGCCAUUCGGUGCUAAUGCUCGAGGCCCGCGACCGGGUUGGCGGUCGCACGUAUACAGUGGAAGCAGAUGGAAUAAAGUACGAAAUGGGUGGAACUUGGGUCACCCAUCACAUGGCCUACUUAUUCAAGGAGAUGGUUAGGUACAAAAUGGAUCGUGAUCUUCUCCUGACCCACCACCGCGAGUAUGAGAAUGACUACUACACUCUGAAUGUCCCAGGUGCUGCUCCCCGCAAAUUAACCCACGAAGAAGGGGGAAAGAUCGCCUCCCGAGCAUGGGACAUCUUCGUCAACGUGGAUGGCGCAAACUGUCGUCGGAUCUGCCCGCUGCCACACGCACAGCUAGAGAACAUCCUCACAGACCGAAAGGAGGUUGAGCUCUACGAUAAAAUCUCCUGCCGUGACCGCUUCGAGGAAAUCAAACACUUGCUCACGGCCGAGGAAGCCGGGGUUCUGGUUGCCAUGCUCCUUCACAUCUCGGGUGGGAGCAUGGAAAACUCUAGUCUGUGGGAUAUGAUCCGCUCUCAUGCUCUCAUGUCGCAUAGUUCUGAGAAUUUUGGGCCCAUCUGGACGACCUUUAAGCUCCGUGAGGGCCAGUCAGAGCUGGCGAAGCGAAUGUUCGACGACGCUGUGGCUCAUGAGCUUGAUUAUUCUUUCCAGACUCCAGUACAAGCGAUACGUGACAUUGGGAACAUAGUUGAAGUGCAGACAACUGCUGGAACGGUCUACCGGGCGCAGCGACUCGUGUCCACUAUUCCUCUCAACGUCCUUCAUACUAUCCAGUUCAGCCCCCCGUUGUCUUCGAAGCGAAGGGAAGCUCUUGAAAUCGGACAUGUCAACUUCAUGACCAAGAUCCAUGCAGAGGUGGAAGGCUCAGGUCUGGCAUCUUGGAACGGAAUGCGGUAUCCCAAUCUGCUCAUGUUUGGCUACGGCGAUGGGGUUACCGAGAACGGAAAUGCACAUAUUGUUGGUUUUGGAAAGGAUGAGAGGGCAAACUACGUCCCCGAGCGUGAGCCUGAGCGGACUGUUGACGCAUUCAAGAACCUACAUCCAAUGGAAGUGAAAAAGAUGAUAUUCCACAAUUGGAUUACGGAUCCUUGGUCGUUUGGUGGACCAGCCUGGUGGCGGCCAGAAUAUAUGACAAAGUACCAGGAAGAAUUACAGAGUCGUCAUGGGAAUGUGCUUUUCGCUUCGGCAGACUGGGCUCAUGGUUGGAGAGCCGCGAUUGACGGGGCUUUGGAACAGGGCUGUUUAGCAGCGCAGGACAUCGCCGCGGAGAUCGAGCCAAAAGCCAAGACCACUAUCAAGGCUAAGUUCUAG